GUUUUGAAGUUUCUAUUAGUUCAUUUUCCUAAAACCCUAAAACCCAUUUCUUUCUCUCUGUCUCUCACUUCCUGUGGCAAUGGCAAUUCUUCAGCUCACAAACGCAAACGAGCUGAUCUCAACCUCUUCAAUUCACACCCCAUUUCACCAAAAGACAUUCCCUUUUAGAGAAUGCCUUUCUCAAAGAAGAUGUACUUUCCGGAAACAACACCGUUUUGGGGUUGUCAGCUGCUCCUUUGCCCCAAUGGAAUCGGCCAAGAUUAAGGUGGUUGGCGUCGGUGGUGGUGGCAACAAUGCCGUUAAUCGCAUGAUUGGUAGCGGUUUACACGGAGUUGAUUUCUAUGCGAUAAACACAGAUUCACAAGCACUAUUACACUCUGCUGCCGAGAACCCACUUCAAAUUGGAGAACUUUUGACUCGUGGACUAGGUACGGGUGGGAAUCCACUUUUGGGGGAACAAGCUGCGGAGGAGUCUAAAGAAGCCAUUGCAAAUGCUCUUAAGGGGUCAGAUCUUGUGUUUAUAACUGCUGGUAUGGGUGGAGGAACAGGGUCUGGUGCUGCCCCAGUUGUUGCCCAGAUAUCCAAAGAGGCAGGGUAUUUGACCGUUGGUGUCGUUACCUAUCCUUUCAGCUUUGAAGGACGUAAGAGAUCUGUACAGGCAUUGGAGGCUAUUGAAAGGUUGCAAAAGAAUGUUGACACUCUUAUAGUCAUUCCAAACGACCGUCUGCUGGAUAUUGCUGAUGAGCAGAUGCCCCUUCAGGAUGCUUUCCUUCUUGCUGAUGAUGUUCUACGUCAAGGAGUCCAAGGAAUUUCAGACAUAAUCACAAUUCCUGGACUGGUAAAUGUGGAUUUUGCAGAUGUAAAGGCAGUCAUGAAAGACUCUGGAACUGCAAUGCUUGGAGUAGGGGUUUCCUCCAGCAAAAACCGUGCAGAAGAAGCAGCUGAACAAGCCACUUUAGCUCCCUUGAUUGGAUCCUCAAUUCAAUCAGCUACAGGGGUAGUGUACAAUAUUACAGGAGGAAAAGACAUAACCCUGCAGGAAGUGAAUAGAGUGUCUCAGGUUGUUACAAGUUUAGCAGAUCCUUCUGCUAACAUCAUAUUUGGAGCUGUCGUGGAUGACCGCUACAACGGAGAGAUUCAUGUUACCAUCAUUGCUACAGGCUUCUCGCAGUCAUUUCAGAAGAUACUAUUAACAGAUCCCAAGGCAGCAAAGCUGAUUGACAAAGUUGCAGCGGGCCAAGAAGGUAAGGGAAUGCCCUUUCCCCUCAAGUCCACAACCUCACCUUCAACUGCACCAGCAAGACCGGCUCUGCGAAAGCUCUUCUUUUAAUGCCUUCUUGCUUCGUUUUUUCAACUACUUGUGCUAAUUGGCUCUGUAAUGAUCUCGAAGCUAAAUGUAUGAGAACAUCAUUUUGUUUUAGGGGUUGCUCGGUUUUUAUGUACGUAGGUAAGAUAAUUGGAGGUACUCUCAUUCUUUAUCAUGCUUUCUAUUAUCCUCUUCUAACUAAAGCCUAUGUUUGUACAAUCUGUUAGAUCCCCAAAAUCU